AUGCUCGGUUUUCGAGCGUCUCGUGCCUUCCACACUACGGUAAGGCGUGCAACAAGACGCACACCUACUUUGCCGCGUAUCUAUCGUUACUGGAUCGAUGUGCACGGUCAAUUGUUUUUAUAUGACACGGUGCCGAAGAACCUGACGUCCUGCUUCAAAUCCGUACCCUUUCUCAAUUUUUUCUUUGCCCGCAUCGAGCGCAAUCCUGCGCGGACGACACCAGGGGCACCUCCUGAGCUCAGUGCCGGACCACAUUGGACAGAAGAUGCAGCUCAGCUGCAGGCCCUUUGGGAGCAGGAGCACGGCUGGGAUCACCUUUGGACACGAUUGCAGUCGGAAGGCAUGUCAUGGUGGAGUAAAUGCCAGGGCGAAUGGAAUGUUAUACACGCCGUUGACACACCUAUCGUGUACCGACAUCUCUCACCCAACGAAGGCACACUGACUUGGGGCGGAGAUUUUCGAGUGCCGUUUCGUCCAGGUUCACUACGAGUACACCCUGACACAGGAUACCUAUAUCAUCCAUCACCUGAACCCAUUCUGCGCCGGCAACGGAACACGCUGCAGGGCGGAGGAGCCUUGCCAUGGGGGCGAUACAGCCUCGUGGCGUCACAUGUGGUGCUGCAGCAUCUAUCGGAAGGGCUCCACAUCGAUUUUGAAGCUGGGGUCGGUGGCCACCUUCAGUGGCGGGGUCAAAUGUACACGCUCGAUGCCUUGGCCCCCGACGCCGACCUAGCGUGA